AUGUCUGGCGGGUGGAACACGAUUGAGAGCGACGCCGGCGUCUUCACAUAUCUGAUCGAGUCGCUGGGCGUCAAGAAAGUGCAAUUCGAGGAGCUCAUAUCGCUAGAUGCAGACUCAUUACAGCAACUGAACCCGAUCGGAGUCAUCUUCCUGUUCAAAUACCCCACCGACGAGAAGCCGAAGCGAGAUGCACCACUUGAUGGCGAGUUCGACUACGCAGCAUUAGAAGGACAGUCAGAUGAAGGCGGCCCGGUAUGGUUUGCAGCACAGACGAUCCAGAAUGCAUGCGGAACUCAAGCACUCCUUAGUGUGCUGCUCAACAAGGAUGGUUCGUCAGAAGACGGUGGCGUAGAGAUUGGUCCAAACUUGAAGGACUUCAAGGAAUUCACAUCCGCUUUCCCACCAGACCUGCGUGGCGAGGCGCUCUCGAAUUCAGACCUGAUCCGCGAGACACACAACUCAUUCGCCCGCUCCUCGCCCUUUGUAUCAGAUGAGACUCGCAUGGCGACUGCAGAUGACGACGUCUACCACUUUAUUGCUUAUACAAGCAUCAAUAGCACUCUCUACGAGCUCGACGGAUUACAGCCAGCCCCAAUACGACACGGCGAUGCCGGCGCUUGUCCUCCGGAAAUCUUUGCAGAUGCCGUCAUUCCAGUCCUCCAACGACGAAUCGAACGCUACCCACAGACCGAGAUCAGAUUCAACCUUCUAGCCAUGUGCGAGGACUUGAGGUCGAGGGCAAGAGAAGUGGGCGACUCGGAAUGGCUAGCACGAGAAGAGCAGAAGCGAAGAGACUGGCAAUGGGAGAACGCACUGCGGAGACACAACUUCGUCGGCUUCAUCGGAGAGGUCAUGAAGGGUGUCACAGCGCAGAAGGUGAAGGACGGCAGCUAUGAUAAGUGGAUCGAGGAUGCAAAGGCAGCAACUAAAAAGCGCGUGGAUGAUCGGCAGAGAAAGGGACAAGGCGCUGACGAAAUGGACGUCUCGUAG